GCGGGGGGAGGGGACACCGGGCCGGCCGGGGGGGCUGCCCCACGGUUCAGGUCUCCCCCCAGGCCGGGCUGCAGACCCUGCAGGACCUGGGCCCCGAGAUGCGCCGGGCGCUGUCCUGCGACCUGGAGGAGGGCGAGGAGGCGGCCGGGGACACCCUGUGUGAGGAGGAGCAGCUGACAUGCCAGACCCCAGAGGCACUGCUCGGCAGCGCCCCCGACCACCGCCCCACGGCGCCCGUCUCCGCCCCGGCCGAGGGGGGUGGGGAGCCCCUGGCCAACGGGCUGCUGGACCCCCGGCGCCCCUCUUCCGCCAGUCUGGCCAGGACCCCCAACCACCCCCCCAGCUACGAGGAGAACGAGAGGGGGCAGGAGGAACUGCCCGAGCUACCCCACAUCCCCAGCAGGCGCCGCAUGAGCAGGCGGAGCUCCGACGGGAGCUGUAUCCCCCCGACGGUGCAUGAGGAGCCCGCCCCAGCCGAGGAGACGGCGGGGCAGCAAGGCUACAAUAGCCGGGAGGACGACUCGGAGAGCCUGGCUUCUCAGGACAGGCAGCCGUGUCUGGGGGACGCCCGGCUCUACCGGCGCCGCUGGGAUGAUGGCGGCUAUGGGGGGUCCCUGCCGCUGCCCCAUCGCCGCCUCUCCAACGCCCACCCGGCCGGGGGACCGGGGGGCCGCCUGGCCAAGCGCCGACGCCUCCUGCCCCCCACGCCCGCAGGCCGGAAGCCGCCCUUCCUCAUGCAGUGUUUGCAGCGGCAGGGCAGCUGUGAGGACAUGCCCAUCCCGGGCACCUACCACCAGAACGCCCCGGACCGGCGCCACCACCCCCAGGGCUACGGCAGCGCCGCCUCCUGGCACAGCACCAGCCGCCCCCCGGGGGACUCCUCGCAGGCCUGGGCUGCGCCCCCCAAGCGGGGCCGGCUGCUCUACGCCCCACUGCUGCUGGUGGAGGAGGGGGGGCUGACGGUCAGGGGCUGGGGGGAGAAGAGCAGCAGCCGCAGCCUCCCGCCCCCCUCCCGCACCCGCUGGGGGGCCCACGAGCCGGACCUGCCCUGGCCCCCCUACGCCCAUCUCCACGUGCCCAGUCCCAGCUACCACGACCAGCGGGGCAGCGCUGACAGCCUGGUGGAAGCCGUGCUGAUCUCGGAGGGCCUGGGGCUCUACGCCCGGGACCCCAAGUUCGUGGCCUUUGCCAAGCGGGAGAUCGCCGACGCCUGUCACAUGACCAUCGCCGAGAUGGAGAGCGCCGCCUCCGACCUGCUGAGCCGCGGGCGGGGCGCUGGGGGGCCCCUGGGCAGCGACGGGGAGGGGGCCCCCCUGUACAGCGACGAGGAGCCGUUCCGCUCGCGGGCCGAGGACGAGCUGGCCGACGAGAUGGUCUGUGUGGCCUCGUAUUGACCGGGGCGGGGGGCGCGAGGACCCCCCCGAGGGGACCCCCAGGACUCAGAGAUACAGCUGGACCCGCCCCCAAGGGCAGGGAGCCUCCCGGGGGAGCCCCCCGGGGGUGCAGCUGGGGGCAGUGGGGGGGCAGGAGAAGACAGAUGAGGGGGCUCCCCCCCAAAGGCAGCCCCCUCAUUGGCCGAGGCAGGCUCCUGCCCUGGGGGGGGGGGCUGUGCCAGCAGCCCCGCCUCCUUUGCUGAAGCCACGCCCCCACCCAAUGGGGAGCCCCCUAGGGUCGGGGCGGGGGGCGGAGCUGGGACAGUUCAAUAAAGUCUCUUUGGAAGAAGUGAGGUCUGGGGUCUCCUGUU